GACCUGUUAUGCAACCGCUGACCUACUAACAUACAUUUCUAAACAGAAGCAGCUAGCGGCAGGAUACUGGAGCGCCUCGCCAACACAACACAAGAACCCAUGCGUACUGGACGUGUGCGUGCGUCACUUCGCCUUUUAUUCAAGCCACCGAGGCUGAUACAAACAGACUAAUAGAAGUCAUCGGGCCACAGAAAUAUUUUGGAUACAGGCACAAAAGCCACAAACGCCUUUCAUCAAACAGCCAGCUGGAGGCUUUGGGAGCAGCAGCACCCCUCCCCAAGAGGCUGACAAGCUGGGGCAGACUGAGUGACCUAUAUCCUCCAACACGCCCAAGGCACUGGGAUCUCUGUCGGCUUGAUAGAGCCGUUACAUAAAGGAAUAAAAGUGAAAACAAAGAAAAGGGGGUCAGAAUCCUUCAAGCAAAUUUGGUCACAUUUCCUGUACUUUGGGACUUUAUUGGCCCUCUUUCAUUCCCCUGUUUGGCUUUGAAAGACAUUGUGUGCAAGCCAGAAGAGUUGUUUUAGGUUUGUUAAAUUCAGGAGAUUUAUUUAGAGGUGCACCUGUUCUUACUCUUCUUAGCCAAGCAGGAAACUCGAUCAUCAACGGAUAUUUGCUUGAGCUUCACAUCAACAAAAUCAAUGAGGUUCAGUUUUCCAGGGACUAAAAUACCUCAUAAAGUCUUUGAUUAUCCAGCUACUUAGUUGAAGAUUCUCCAGUCCACUAUUCGUCGGGAUAACCUACAGGAAUUCCCAUCACCACCUUUGCCCCUUUACCCCAUCCCCGUUUCUUCAUUUAUUUCCAUUUUACCAGUGGUGAAGCAGAGGUCUCAAACUGGCUCCCAUUGAGGAACAAUGGAAAGUGAGAGCUUAGAAAUUUCAACAAAUUCCAGUGCUGGCAAAACUUUAAAGAACACAGAGAGCUUUCUGGACUACAGUGAUCUUCUCCAUUCUCCUCAAAGCAACAUUCGCCACAGCCGCCUUCUCAAACCAAAGCCCAACAUGAGCUGUCGACGCAAGCGUGAGUUCAUCCCAGAUGACAAUAAGGAUGCAUCUUACUGGGAAAAGCGACGCAAGAACAAUGAGGCUGCCAAGCGUUCCCGGGAGAAACGGCGCUAUAAUGACAUGAUCCUCGAAAACAGAGUUAUGGUGCUGAACGAUGAAAAUGUACGUCUGAAAACGGAGCUUUUACAACUUAAGCUCAGGUUUGGUAUGAUAAGUACAGCCUCCUAUGUGGAAAAGAGUCAGCAGAUUGGUGGAGCAGUCAAUGGAAGUCCUGGGGGAAACUCCACGUCCUCCUCUACCACAAGCCGUUUCUACCCUAAUGAUUACUCAAGUGUUUCUCAGAUGAUGAUGAACUCUGAUUCUUCUGAAACAGACCAGUCUGUUCGAGGGGACAGGCAUGUGAAAAUGGCAAAGUACUCCCCACGAGGUUCUCUCUCCGAUAUGUCCGAUGGCUCCUCUCGGGACAGCCCAGAGCCACUUUUGUAUGACAUCAAGCAGGAGGGGAUGGGUCUAGACAUGGACAUUGUCAACAGCACUGCCACACAUAUCAUGUUAAACAUUCAUUCUAGAUUGCCUGCAGUACUUCACCAGCACACUUUUGAGCCAGGUUAUUCAGCCAACCAACAGAAGCAACGAUGCCAAGAGACCAUUGCAAGUUCAGUCGCUCCACAACCUGCUCAAAGAAGUGUUAUCCUAUACCGUUCAAGCAGUGCCUCAUAUCCUGUGGAAACUCAGGAAAUGAUUCCUAAAGAACAGCAGAACCUCACACAGCCUAUUGAGGGACCAACUGGAAGUCCCAAAAGCUUGGCAGAGGUGUCUAAACGGCUAGAGAGAAAGACUUUGGACUCUCCUCCUUAUGAGCACCCAGAUGGGGAAGCAGCCGACAGGCAAGCUUACAUUGCUCAACAACAGACACCCAGGGUUGAUGCUUCUGCCCCAGAUCUUCUAAUGAGACCAGAGAAAGGAGAUGAAGCACAGAUAUACCACUGUUCUAAUGGAAACUUAGAGAAUGAUGAGCCACCAAUGCUGGCCUACGAAGGAGGCUUGAGACAAGAAGAGUACUACGAGAGUCACUCUGGAAAGGACACUUCCUCAAGUGACGGGGAUCCCCGCAGCUCUGAUAAAGAGGGCUCCACCGAUGAUGAGUCUCCCUCUUCUUCUUGCUCUGAUACAGGGAGCAACCAUCCUCACAUAUUCAUGACCCAGAUCUCCUUCUCACCAAGCCAAUGCAAAGACGGCCAAGUGGAAAUUAAAGGCACUGCCCUACCCCACAAAUUGAGACUCAAACACAGAGCUCAGAGCGAUGGGAGAGCAUCGUCUCAAGACUCACCGACGACACCACCUGCUAACUCUCAGCCAUUACCUCAGCAUCCUUACCUGGACUUGUCUCAACCUGGCAGCCAGUCGAGUCCAGGGUUUUAAAAGCAGGACACCUCGGCUGGAAGCAUCGAAUGUGGGAAGAAGGAAUCAAGUAUGCGUAACGGCCGUAACAAGAGACAUGACUGAACGGGAAACUGUGGGACUCACUUGGGUCUUGACACAAAGCCCCAAGAGACUUUUUAUAAACCCAUCUUGAGGUCCCAUUUUGAUCUUGUACCCUUCACCCCAUUCCAAGUUCUAAUGCCUAGAGAUAAGAGAAGUGGACAUCAUCAGGACUGCUGCAUUGUACCAUAAUGUAUAUAUUUACCUUUUAUUGGUUUGGUUUGUAUGUUUGUUUGACCUCCUCUUAAGGUUACAGCAGCACUUUUAUAACCGAAUUAAAUAGUACGUCAUGCUAUUGAUCGCACUUACCCGUAGUUCCCAUGCUGCUGCAAGAUGUCAAAGUAUGCCAUUCAAUUCAAAAGCAAUAUCUACCACAUGUGAGGCAUUGUAAUGGAUUCAUAUUUGUAAAUAGGCUAUUUCAAGUGCCCCAUCCUAAUUUUUGGCCACACCUUAUCAACAGAACAUUUGCAGGUGGCUGUGCACCAUUUUUAAACAUACUAAACACCAGAAGAUUCAGGGAACUUUUCCCUUGACCAAAGAAACAUGGCUUUGAGUUUAUACCUCUCUCUGCUCCCUACCUCUGCUUUCCUAACUAGUGCUCCCCAUCACUUUCCCAAUGUUAAACAGCCUAGAUACCACUCUUUCUUGAUCAGGCACUUGGUUUGAAUGUAUAAAAUGUGAUAUAAAUAUUAUAUAUGAAUAUAUUUUAAGAAAACAAAAAGAUUACAUGAAAAAAAUAGCGAGUUCGGUGACUAAUGAAUUUGUCCUUGUCAAAAAUACUGUACAAUAUCAGUGUGUUUGCUGUUUGAUAUGCCACUUAAUAUAAACUCCUUUUUUUACUUUAACAAUUUGCAAUUAAAUAUAUUUUUUAGAAAUUUUCCUUUUAUAGAAAAAAUUAGAAAAUGCCCCAAAUCCUUUACAGAUGCAUUAGUGGGUUGAUGUAAGCUUCAUGUCAUAGAUACUAAAAUUUGUUUCCAUUGCAGUUAUAACUCAUUGUCUGAUCUUGAAACAUUACAUGGUGUUUA